AUGAAAAUGAGGUCCGUUAAAACGAUGUCAUGGAUUUCUGCCACGUUUUUAUUGGCGGUUAUAGGUAAGAACUAUUUUUUUUUACUCUGUAAACAUGAAUCGUUUAAUUUUUGAUUCCUCAUUAUUGAGUUUGUUUUUAACUAACAGCCAAAGCAGAGGAGAUGGUGAAUAUACCAGGUGGACAGAUGAUGAUGGGAACCAGUGCAGCUGAUGGGAGAGAUGGAGAGUCUCCCACUAAAGAGGUCUUCAUUGGAGAUUUUAAGAUAGACAGAUAUCCUGUCACAAAUGCAGAUUUCAGGUAAAUAGACUCAAAAUCUGUCAUCUGACUGUCAGUGAAACACAGUGAUGUACUCUAAUGCUUUUUGAUCACCACAGAGAGUUUGUGAGAGCACAGAAGUACAAAACGGAGGCAGAGAAGUUUGGCUGGAGCUUCGUCUUUGAAGACUUUGUGUCAGAAGAACUGAAGAGUAAAGUCACCCAGAGGAUUGAGGUAUUGGGAUUUUAAAUCUGGUUUAAAAUACAUGUAUCAGUUAUUGUUAGUUUGACAUCAAUGAAUAAAAACAAGGUUUGCAGAUUAUUUCAGUUCUAUCUGCUGUUUUGUUAUCUACACUGUUUUGUCUGUUUUGUGAAACUAACAAUACUAGGGUAAACUAAUGGGAAGGAAUGAGGGUAGAUACAUAUAAGCUAAAUAGCUUCAACCUACUUCUUUUUGAUCUCCAAAAAAUAGGGAAUUUCUUGUCUAAAAUUUAUACUGUAUGUUUAUUUGAUCAUAAAUAAUCAUCGAAUAAACAACCUCUCUCUCACACUUUGUAACAACUGUAAAUAAAUAUCCUCCCUCAAUGUAACAUUUAUCAGUAAAAUUGCCCUUUGAACUGUUGAAUGAUUUACUAUUUACAGUUUAAUGAUAGAAAGAUUUGCUGCUUCUCUCUCUAAUCAUGGUAGACAGUAGUGUAGAGGUCAUAAAGUCAGAUAUCAUGUUAUACAUACAGAGACCCAGCAAUAGGGUAACCAUAGGGUCAUUGAUAGGCCUACCUUGACUAGCUGAAAAAGUCUGUAUAUUCACUGUUUAUCAUUGAUAUUAAGUUGUAUAAUUAUAAUGAUAAAAAUAAUCCUGAAUCUUGGCAUUCAGCAUAAAAAGUUAUAAUACUGUCCAACCAAGUGUAUUUUGUUUGUUGAUCUGUAUAAUUUUGUCUGCUUAAAUUUGAGUGUGUGAAUUUCAGCUGUAUUUGUCAUGUAUUUUCUUGCACUUGUAAACAUAAAUUUGAUAGUCAGGCUACACUAAGGAUAGAAAAUGACAUUUGUAACAUUGUCCAGGAAGUAACUGUGUAUAACUGAUAUUUUUUCCUUCAGUCUGCUCCCUGGUGGUUGCCUAUAGAACGAGCAUUUUGGAGACAGGUAAGGUCAACGGUUUCACCUUGACUCUUUUUAGUAGCUUUAUCACUUGCCAUGCAUGCCCUCACCAACAUCCCUUCUUUUUCUGUGACCCUCUCUCUGCUGUGCAGCCUGCAGGACCAGACUCAGGCAUUCGAGAACGCCUGGACUUCCCGGUGGUUCAGGUGAGCUGGAAUGAUGCACAGGCUUUCUGCCAGUGGAAAGAGAAGAGACUGCCCACUGAGGAGGAAUGGGAGUGGGCUGCACGUGGGGGGCUGCAAGGUACACACUGCAUACACAAAAAGAAUAAAAUGUAAAUUGUCUGUUGCUCCAUUGUAUGAAUUUCUUUCAUUUUUACAAUGUGUUUGUGUUACCCUUAAAGCCUCUAUGAGGAACUUUUGGUUUUUGCAGCUUUUGUAUUGUUUCUGUCCUGUACUUGCAGUCAUGUAGGUCAAGUUUUUUGAUGAAUUAUCUCAUCUUGAGAUACAACGUAACACUCAUGAAUCUUUGCUGUGGAAAGUUUUUUUUAAAAAGGCUACUUGGCAGGAUUUGCUUGCUGAUUAAUAGAUCUUCUUUAUUCUGUUACUUGAUGCCUUAUUUAUCACUUUCCUUCUUGCCUGUUGUUUUAUAGGUCGGAGCUAUCCAUGGGGAAACAAAUUCCAGGCCAACAGAUCCAACCUGUGGCAGGUUUGCUUGCUAAUCUGAUGCAUUUGUCUUUUGCAUAAUCAUGGUUUCUUGACAGCAGACACAGAGAUUCUCAGAUAUGUUGAUUCUCUUUUAACUGAUACUGACAUGAUAUUUCACCACUAUUUUCUUCAAAUCAUCAUGUUAUUUAGUUUGACCAAACAUAGAAUUACAGGUACAAAAUUUAUGAAAUGCCAGAAGACUUACCUAUAAGUGUUGUGAGUGUAUUUUUUUUUUCUGUUCCACUUUUUUCUGUUCCCUGUUGCUAUGGAGAUGCCUCUAACAAUACAGCGCAAUUACAUAUUCUGAAACACACACUACAUUAGAUUACACAAUUUUAUUUAUCCUCUUAAGGAGGUUCCCACAAGGAAAUUAAAUUAUUAUGUCAAUUAUUACAUCACAGUUAAAUCACAUGUUGGUUUUGACACAGGUUAAAUUAUUACAUAAUAACAGGUGUAGCUAACACGCUUUCAAGUGAAAGAGAAUUGUGAUGUGAAAGGCACGUUUGGUCAUUGAUUGGUGUUGUUUCUUUAAUUUAAAGGGGUCAUUUCCAGAUGGAGACACUGCUGAGGAUGGAUACCAUGGCACCUCUCCUGUCACAGCGUUUCCUCCUCAGAACAGCUAUGGUAGUUGUCCUGAAGUCAAAGCAAAACUAGAAGAAACACAUGAAUGAUAAUAAAUAUAAGAAUGAGAAAAAAACUGUAAUGUUUGAGCAAGAGCAUUUAGUAGCAAUAUUUUAGCAAUAGACAAGAAAAGAUUUGGUAAAUCCGUAUAAUGUCAUAGUAAAGUGAGAUAUUAAGAUUGAAGUCACUUUUUGAUGUGUAAUAAUGAGAGUAAAUUCUUCUUAUAGGACUAUAUGACAUGAUGGGGAACACAUGGGAAUGGACAUCGACACCCUUUAGAGGUACACAGCCAAUGUAUGUACUACGUGGGGCCUCAUGGAUAGACACGGUGGAUGGCUCAGCCAAUCAUAAGGCACGAGUCACAACCAGGUAUGUGAUUAAAAAGAAUAGAGUACAAACACUGUAUUCAGACUGUGAGUUCACACAAUUACUGUGUCAGUCCUCACUAACUGAGUCAUAUUUUCUUUUCAUCUUUCAGGAUGGGCAACACCCCUGACUCUGCCUCAGAUAACCUGGGGUUUAGAUGUGCUGCCAGUGAGCGACAGAAACAGGGAAAGAAGAAAGACAAAACAGAUCUUUAA